UCAGUUUGGGCUUUAGUCCCAUGGCCCACACUUCCUGACUCUUCCGAAAUGAAAAACGGUUCGUUUUCAUCGAAUUUCAGUGAAAAAUGGCAAAUAUUCUACGGUAUUGUUCCACUAGUUCUCCUCGGCGUGGGUAUUCCGCCAUUGACUCGUGUGGCGAACGGGUGGAACAGCCUUGGAUUACAGAUGCAAUCUCGUUGGGAGAGAACCCUCGAUUUAAUAGGAGACGACAGUUUCUAUCUCUACGUUUACGGCAUGAACGUGUGGAAUAUUAUUUUGUACUGGUCUGUCGGACUGACCUACUUAAUGGCCGAGACCAGUGCUUGGCCAAAAUGGCUCCAUCGUUACAAAGUACAACCGACAGCCGUCAUCAAUAAGAAACGCCUUUACUCGUUGAUUACGGUCAACCUGUUCAAUCAGCUUUUCGUGGCCGUUCCGUUCUCAAUCUUCGGCUACUACGUACUGAAAUUUCAAGGAAUUUCACCCCCAAUUCGAGAAUUGCCAACAUUUUUGCGCUUAAUCACCACAUUUGCCAUCCUCAUAUCAAUUCAAGAAAUUGUAGCGUAUUACACCCAUCGGAUGUUCCAUCACCGAUUGCUUUACAAAUGGACUCACAAAUGGCAUCACGAGUGGACGGCUCCCAUAGCCUUGUCUUCCUAUUACAAUCAUCCAUUGGAUCACCUGAUUGGCAACAUAUUGCCAUCCACUUUGGGUUUAUCGUUGACGAACGCCCAUUUUUUCACGUCUUGGCUGUGGUUGACCUGGGCGACUCUUCGUACACUGUCGGAUCACAGCGGCUAUCACGUGCUGCCAUUUCUCUCCCCAAGACGUCACGAUUUCCAUCAUCUGAAAUUUACAGAAUGUUUCGGUGUUUGGGGACCCAUGGAUUACCUGCACGGCACGGAGACACUCUUUCGCGCUAGUCUAUUAGCUCUAACCGAAACGGCUAAGAAAAAGCGCUGACAAUACGAGCUUAUAUUCAACCAAUUAAAAUUUACCUACUGUACAAUGAAAAACGAAUAAAACAUUUAAUUUGUA